GCUCCCGAGGGAUGUCUUUGAAUGUCGCCUACUUUCUUGCUUCCUGUUGUCUCCCUUGCAAUCUGUAACCGCGAGACGUGUUCACUAACAAAAUGGAUCAGUACGGAUACGGAGGCAGACCGAACCCCUUUGACCAGCGGGGCGGCCCAGGUGGCGACGGAUAUUCAGCGCCUGCACCUCGCGCUCCGCCACCGGGCGCUUUCGGCCAGGGACCACGACCGGGAGGAGGGGCAGGAGGUCCGCCUAGAUAUAACCAGCCGGCAGCUGGGCGAAAUGACUACGGUCAAAGCAACGUCGAGAUGGCCCCUCUCACCCAGAAUGCCAGCUCCUUUGGCCGAGGAGACCCGAACGCGAUCCUGAAUGAGUGCCGAGAUAUCGAUAGGGGCGUCGACGAGAUCGAGCGCAACCUGAACCAGCUGAAGAUGCUGCAGGACCGGUCGCUCAACGACGCCGACACCUCGUCUGGGUCCUCGACCAGCCGACAGCUGGACAAUCUGUCGUCCGAGACUAUGACCAUGUACCGCGGUCUGACGCAGCGGGUUCGCGAGGUCAAGUCUAGCCCAGACAGCCGGCAGCCCAAGAACGCGCCGCAGGUUGGGCGCGUCGACCGCCGGCUCAAGCAGGCCAUCCAGAACUACCAGCAGGUCGAGUCGGCCUUCCGCAAGAAGACGCAGGACCAGAUGGCAAGGCAGUACCGGAUCGUGCGGCCUGACGCGUCCGAGUCUGAGGUCCGUGCCGCCGUCGAUGACAGCUCCCAAGGCGGCCAAGUCUUCCAGCAAGCCCUUAUGCAGAGCGACCGCCGCGGCCAGGCCCGUGCCGUCCUCAACGCUGUCCAGGACCGCCAGGCAGCCCUACAGAAGAUCGAGAGUCAGAUGAUCGAGCUGGCGCAGCUGUUCCAGGACAUGGACACGCUGGUCGUCCAGCAGGAGGUCCAGGUAGCCCUGAUCGAGCAGAAGGGUGAGGAGGUCGUCGAGAACCUCGAUAAGGGCAACGAGGAGAUCGCAGUCGCCGUCACGACGGCGAAGAAGACGCGGAAGAAGAAGUGGAUCUGCCUGGGCAUCUGUGUCACUAUCAUCGUUGUCAUUGUUAUCGCCGUUGUAGUCUACGUCAUGAUUAAUAAGGGAGGAAGCGGCGGAGGAGGCUCAGACGGCGGUAAGAAGCGUGGCAUCGAGGUCCGCGGUAUCCAAUUCGACGGCGACCGUCCCGUCUCCCGCAUCUACGGGCACUCUAAGAUCGUCAUUCCCGGGGUUGACUACGAACCCGAUACCACCAAGACUUCGGGGGCCGACCUUCCCGGCGGCGGUCGCCCUUUCAGCAUCGUUGCCAAGCCGCGGAACGUGGUCGGCGACCACGGCGUGCAAGUCCGCCCCCAGGUCAGCAAGCGGUUCGUUCUUGACCCGAAGUUCCGUGACAACCACAAGGGAAACUCCCAGGCCGAGAAGAGGUGGGUCAAGUUCGGAGAGGAGUGGACAGGAGACGACGCCCCCGCAGUGGAGGACCGAGGAGUGUCUUCGACGGUAGACGUCCCGGGGGUCAACAAACGAAUUGUAAUCGACCCCAAAUUCCGGGGCAACAAGAAGGGCGGCUCUCAAGCUAGCCGGCGUUGGGUCAAAUUUGGAGAGGAGUGGACAGGGGACGCUCCGACUACCCGAGAUAUCCCCCAAGUCCACAACCCCAUUGUCAUCGACCCCAAGUUCCGACACCCUAAGAAGGGCGGAAACUCCCAGACCACGCAGAGAUGGGUCAAGGUCGGAGAAGACUGGCACGGAGACGCCCCGGCCGCCUAAUAAACGUCCGCGUUCCCCGAGCGGAUGCGGGGGCCGAGAACCGAAGCCGCUGAUCAUUGUUGGAUCGGAAACUGUACAAAAGGGGACAACAGGCCAGGACAGGGAGGUCGGUCGACUGCUCUCCGUACCAUCUCGUUUUUCCUCGAUGGCUUUUGGCACGGAGUCAGGAAUAUAUUUUCCCUUUUUCCUUCCCGUUCAAGCCAUCGUUAUUGUUGAAUCUGCCUCGGCCCUCCUUUUUCCUCUUGUCAUUCUCUACACCCUCUCCGCGUAUCAACUUGACGUUGGACUCUGGAAGGACGGUGUGUCUCGACGGUUCUACUGGUCUGGGUACUCGGUCGGGGCUCUCUAUCUCACUCUCUCU